AUGGAUAAUGUUAAACGAAAAUCAUCUGUUAAUCAUUUAUCAAAGGAAACAGCAAAGAAAUUACGAAAUGAAUUUGAUCGAUCAAUAACUUCCAUUGAAAAUUUAUCGAAUGAAUGUUUUUAUGAAAUAUUCGAUUAUCUUGAUGGUUGUCAAAUAUAUGAAGCAUUUUCAAAUUUAAAUUAUCGUUUUCACCAACUUCUUAAUUCUUCAUCACUUUUAUUUAAGAUCAAACAUGUUUAUUCAUCAUCAGAAGAAAUAUUUAGAAAUAAUUAUGAACAAAUUAUAGUUCAUAAUAGAUGUCAAAUCUAUUCAAUUAAUUUAUGGACAAUGAAAAAUAUAUUUUUAACUAUGACAUUGUUUAUCAUUAAUUCAUCAUGUGAUCAUCUCGAAUCAAUCGUUCUUUUUGGAAUUGAAUCAGAUAUACUUUGUCGACUUCUUACUCAAUAUACUUGUUUACCUCGUUUAUUCUCAUUAAAUAUUGAUACAAAAUUUAGUUCUACAUUAGAUGAAUUAACAAAUAUUUAUCAGUCAAUUUUUGCUUUACCAAAAUUAAAAUCUUUUGAAUUAGAAACAAAGAUAUUUGACGACUCUCAAUCAAUACUUCCAUUAUCAAUUGCUACUAAUCAACAAUGUUGUAGUAGUAUCAAACGUCUUUAUAUACAUCAUUCUGUUAGUUUUAACGAAUUGUUUGCUAUAAUAUCUUAUACACCGAAACUUUAUCGUUUGAAACUAUCAAAUGCAAGCGAUAAUGGUAAACAAUAUAUUGAAAAUGUAUUACCAAUUUCAUUAUUAAAUUUAAUACAUUUUUCAAUAGAUCGAUAUGAAACAAGUUUUGAUAAAUUUCAAUGGUUUAUUAAAAAAAUAUUUUUUUGCAAAUUAAAAGUUUUAUAUCUUAAUAUUGAAUAUGAAGAUAUGACAUGUUUCGAUGCUCAUCGAUGGGAACAAUUAAUUCAACAAUAUUUACCUCAAUUGAAAAAAUUUUACUUGACAUAUUACGAACCUAUUCAAUAUGAAUAUAAAAUUAUAAACAACUCUGGUCAACUUAAUCAAUUCUUUUCUUCUUUUUGGAUUGAACAACAAUCGAUAAUGGAAAUUGAAAUCCAUAAUAAACAUAUUAAAUAUGUAAUUCGUCCAUAUAGAAAACUAUGGUAUGAAUAUACACCAAGUUAUAUUAUCAAUUCUUCUGUGCAACUUAUUCUACGAAAUGUUCAUUCUGACGAAUAUGUUCCUUUAUUAAAAUCAUAUAUUGAUCAUAUAUUAACUGUUGGACAAAUUUGUCAUUUGGAAAUUUCUGAAAUUUCUAUUAAUACAUUUAUUCAAAUUAUAAAUUUAUUACCUAAACUUGAUUCAUUAAAAAUUUCUUCUUUGUCGUUAAAACAAUCGAAAUUUUUGUCUAUUAAUGAAACAGAACUGAUUAAUUUAAUAUCAAAUAAAAAUCAAAUUAUAAAAGUCAAUCUGGAGAAGAUCGGUAAUAUCGACGAAGUUUGUUUUCUUCUUGAACUUUGUCCUCGUAUGACAUAUCUCAAAGUAGAUUUCAUAAAUAAUAUAAAUAUGAAAUUAUUUGUACGAAUUAUUUUGUUAAAAAUUAAAACUAAAUGUAAUUAUCAACUUCGAUCAUUGUGUUUUUGUAUACAAGCUGCAGAUGAUCAAAUGAUUAAAACUUUGCAAACAAUGAUUAGUUUUGAAAAACUUCUAUUAGAUUAUACAAUUAAACAUUUUCAGCCGCGAUGGACAUCUCUGGUGACUGCCGUCCAACAACAAAUUGUCAAUCAACAAGAACGAAGAACUCCAUUUUGGUCUUCAAUUACACAGACAAAUGGAACAAUAACAAUGUUUAAUAGUUCUCAACGACGAAUAUAUACAAUAAUAUUUUGCUUAUCAUCAACAAUACUUCCAACAAUAACAAUAAAUGAUGAACUUAUUAAUAAAAUACAUACUAGAGAACAUGAAGAAAACGACGUUCGACAUCCAGCAUAA